GCCAUGUCCUUCAGCUCUCGACUCGCCAAAGUCAGCUACAGGAACAGACCCACCCAACCUUCUGCCCCAGCGGAGUCACUCAAGGAGAUGCAGCAAAAGUUGAAAGAGGAACGUGAAGCUAAGCGGGCCCAGCUGGAUGGAAGACAUGACUACAUCCUCAGCAUUGUGGCUUCAUGCCUGGGACUGGAGAAAUCUGAUGUGGAAGAUGCCACACUGGAUGGGAAUCAGAUUGACCGCAUGGAGCAAUUCUUUGUGGCUGACGGUCUUCCACACCUCAUGUUCUACUUUCAGGACACUGAGCCCGUUGAAGCAGCGGCGACAGCAGCAACAGUAGCCUCUGUGCCUUCGCAGCUUGUUGCCAAGCAGCAUGGUCGCAACAAAAAGUCGAAGGUGUUUGUGACGGACGGGAGGGAUGUGGCAUUGACCGGAGUGUGUGUCUUCUUCACAAGAGCCAACACUUCUAAGGCAAUCACCUCUGAGAACAUACACAGAGAUGUAAAUUUCAAUAUGUUGGACACAACAGAGGUGGGUCUGUUAAAAAGUGUGGAGCAGUUGCUCUCUGAGAUCUUCAUCCCCACACUGACGAAGAUGAACCAUGGCUGGGGGGAGCUGGCCAGUCCACAGGCCCAGGCUGUCAAACAGGACUUCAUAUCCUCAUUGGAAGGCUUUGUGUCUGUUUUGGCUGGAGCACAGGAGAGCCUGCAAGAAAAGGUUACCUUGAAAGUGUGUGACACAUUUGACCUGCGAGUGCUAAAAGGCCCAUCUGACUACAUGGCAGCAGCCAACAGCACUGAGACGACAGAAAAGAUAGAGGUCUGCAUGAAAGUCUGGAUCAAACAGAUAGAACAGGUCCUAGCUGAGAGCGACCAGCUGAGGAAGGAGGCUGAUGACCUUGGCCCUCGGGCUGAGCUGGACCACUGGAAGAAACGAAUGUCACGCUUCAAUUACCUUCUGGACCAACUCAAGAGCCCUGAUGUCAAGGCUGUACUAGGUGUGCUCUUGAUGGCCAAAUCGAAACUCAUAAAGUCGUGGCGGGAACUGGACACCAGGAUCACAGAUGCAGCCAACGAGGCCAAAGACAAUGUCAAGUACCUCUACAGCCUGGAGAAGUUUUGUGACCCUCUCUAUAACAGUAACCCUGUAUCAAUGGUGGAUGCAAUCCCAGGUCUGAUCAAUGCCAUCAGGAUGAUUCACAGUAUUUCUCGCUACUAUAACACAUCAGAAAAGAUUACAUCACUUUUUGUCAAGGUGACAAACCAGAUGAUCACAGCCUGCAAGUCCUACAUCACCAAUAACAGCUCUAAUUCAAUAUGGGACCAGCCUCAGCAAGUUGUAGCUGACAAAAUCAAAGCUGCCAUCUACUUAAACCAGGAGUAUCAGCGGUAUUUCCAAACAACCAAGGAAAAGCUGGAACAGACUCCCUCAGAGAGACAGUUUGACUUCAGUGAGAUGUACAUUUUUGGGAAGUUUGACACGUUCCAGCGACGACUCAACAAGAUCCUGGAAAUGUUCAGCACCAUUUCCACCUACUCUGCCCUGCAGGACUCAAAGAUAGAAGGACUGGAGAUCAUGGCCACCAGGUUUCAAGCUAUUGUGCUGAACAUGAAGAAAAAACAUUAUAGUUUCCUAGACCAGAGAAGAACUGACUUUGAUGUCGACUAUGAAGAAUUUUGCAAAAGCACCUCUGAGCUUCAUAAUCAGCUGAAGAGUUUCAUGGAUAGCACCUUUGAAAAAAUUCAAAAUACAGAGAGAGCUCUAAAUGUGCUGAAGAAAUUUGAAAGACUGGGCAUCCCAGACCUUGGCAUUGACGAGAAGUACCAACGCAUUCUGCAGAACUAUGGCCGGGAUAUUGAAAUGGUCUCCCGUAUCUACAUGAAGCAGAAACUGGACCCUCCAAUUGGUCGAGACAUGCCUCUCGUGGCAGGUCGUAUCAUGUGGGCUCGGCAGCUGUCCAGCAGGAUCCAGGGUCCCAUGGAUCUCUUUCAACAGCAUCCUGGUGUUCUUUCCACACCAGAGGCCAAAAGGGUCAUCAGGAACUUUAACAGGGUAGCAAUGGUCCUGUUGGAGUUUGAGAUGCUCUACCAUCACAGCUGGAUGAAAAAGAUGGAGGACGCUCGGGUGGGCCUGCAAGCCUCUCUGCUGGUUAGGUCUCCUGAGACAGGGGAGCUGUUUGUGAACUUUGAUCCAGAGAUUCUGACCCAGAUCAGGGAGGUGAACUGCAUGACAAGGAUGCAUUUGGAGAUCCCACCAUUUGCUGCUUUGUUGCAGCAGAAACAGGACACCCUGAAAAAGAACUACAACAAAUUGCAGCUAAUGUUGAGUGAGAACACCAGAGUGCGGGCUAAGAUUCAGAGUGCUUUUGAACAGCUGGCAAUGCCGCAUGUAGCUAAGGUGGAUGAGGCUAUACAGCCGGGUUUGACCUCAAUCAACUGGACAUCUCUGAACAUAGACAAGUACCUUUGUCGCAUCGACAAGGCUCUGGUUGACCUGGAGCUGAUGAUGGACAGGGUGAACGACUUGGUGGAGUUUAGGAUAGAUGCGGUUCUGCAGGAGAUGAGUGGAUCCACACUGUGUGUUUUGCCAGAGGAUGAACCAGUCACCUGUGAGGAGUUUGUUCAGACUACCAGGGACCUGUGCAUAAGACAAGCCCAGAGUCUCCACACUAAGAGCUCACUAGUGGAAGAGGCUGCUAAUGAACUGAUCAACAUGCUGCUGGAGUUUGACCACAAUCAGAGAGAUGAGGUGGAGAAGGUUGAGGAAGAAAGCUGCACUGAGAGCAAGACCAUAGACCACAUUGACAGUGAAGGUGAAGAUGAAGGCCGCUCAGAGGGACAUCUCUUCUCUAGAAACACCUUGCUUCCUCCUGCCAGCGUUGGCCCUUCCUCUCCCUUGGUGAGAAGGAAGAAGAAAAGGGACCUGAUGGAAGUGAUGGAAGAGGAAGCCCAGGAGCUGCUCUCCUACUUCAAUCAUCGCAAUGUGGAUGCUUUGCUCAGAUUGAUGCGCAACACCCUGGAGAUGCUACGCAAGCGCAUCCACGCCUCUUCGCUCAUGCAUUUUUUGGCUGAGAGUGACUCACCCAGUCGUGGCAAAAGCGGUGGUCAGCAGGCAAUCUUCAGAGUGAAUGUGACCCUCUCCAUCCCUAACAUCGCCAUGGUUCCAGCACUGGAGGAGGUCCAACAGGCUCUAAACCGGGCUGUAGAGUGUGUAGUCAGUGUCAGCAAAGGAGUCAGCCAGUGGAGCAAAGAAAGGAUCUCCAAGAGGAAAAUGAAUGAAAGACGGAUGGCGGCUCUGAAACAGGACAGUUCUGAGAGUGAAUCAGAGGAUGGAGCAACAACAUACAGGAGCCUGGCUGACGGCAGCACCUCUGAUAUUUCAGCAUCUGUGAUCCAGGCUAUCCCAUUCCAAGCUAGAAACUACUACAAGAGUGUAUCUGAAAACAAGGAGAUAGUCAAACUAGUGUCUGUUCUCAGCACCUCCAUCAGCUCCACCAAAAAGGAAGUGAUGACAGCUCUGGAUCGCUUUAGCCGUUACCAUCACAUCUGGAGAAAGGACCGUGAAGACACCAUGCGGAAAUUUAUCCAGGGCAGUCCCUUGCUGUCAGAGUUUGAGAGCCAGAUUAUUUUCUAUCGAGAUCUGGAGCUGGAAAUAAACUCUGAACCAGAGUACAUUACUGUAGGAGCGUUGGCUCUAUUCACAGUGGACCUGAAGAUGUCCCUUACUGCUGAAACCAAGAACUGGAUGGUGGACUACGGACUGUACUGUAACAAGAAAUAUCGCUCAGACAUGGAGCAGAUCUUUGCUUUUGUUGAUGAAGCAGGAAAGAAACUGAAUCGGCAGAUCAAAGACCUGGAUGACAUUCGCAUCGCCAUGUCAUCACUAAAGGAGAUCAGAGAGCAUCAAAUAUCUAUUGAUUUUCAAGUUGGUCCCACAGAGGAGUCGUAUGCCAUGCUUCAUAAAUAUGAGCUGUCAGUGGCAAAAGAGGAGGCCGAUAAGGUGGAUACGCUGCGUUACACCUGGGAGAAACUGCUGUCCCGGAGUACAGAGGUACAGAAUGAGCUGGUGGCCCUGCAGCCCAACUUCAGAGGAGAACUGGUCAGCAAUGUGGAGACCUUCUUGGAAGACUGUCAACACUUUUACCAGGAUUAUGACAAGGAUGGCCCCAUGGUGGUGGGGCUGGCUCCUCAGGAUGCCAGUGAUAGACUCAUCAUGUUCCAGAAUCGAUUUGACAACCUGUUCAGGAAGUACAUCACUUACACAGGUGGAGAGGAGCUGUUUGGACUUCCUGUUACCCAGCAUCCCCAGCUGUUAGAGAUUAGGAAGCAGCUGGCUCUGCUGCAGAAGUUGUAUGGCCUUUACAACAAUGUCAUCGAAACAGUCAAUAGUUACUAUGACAUCCUAUGGGCUGACAUCCACAUUGAGAAGAUCAAUAAUGAGCUACUGGACUUUCAGACAAGGUGUCGCAAACUGCCUCGUGCUCUGAAGGAGUGGCAGGCAUUCAUGGACCUGAAGAAAACGAUUGAUGAAUUCAGUGAGUGCUGCCCCCUGCUGGAACUCAUGACUAACAAGGCUAUGAUGACUCGCCACUGGAAGAGAAUCACUGAGGUGACUGGGCAUACCUUUGAGGUGGAAACUGAGACAUUCAAGCUUCGCAACAUUAUGGAGGCUCCUCUGCUCAAGUAUAAGGAGGAGAUUGAAGAUAUCUGUAUCAGUGCGGUGAAAGAGCGUGAUAUUGAGCAGAAGCUGAAGCAGGUGAUCGCUGAGUGGGACAACAAGACUUUUACAUUUGCCAACUUUAAAACCCGUGGGGAACUACUACUGAGAGGAGACAGCACAUCAGAGAUCAUUACCAGCAUGGAGGACAGCCUGAUGGUUUUGGGGUCUCUAAUGAGCAACAGGUACAACACCCCAUUUAAAGCCCAGAUUCAGAAGUGGGUUCAGAAUCUGUCCAACACCACUGAUAUCAUAGAAAACUGGAUGACUGUCCAGAACCUCUGGAUCUACCUGGAGGCUGUGUUUGUGGGUGGAGACAUCGCUAAACAGCUGCCUAAGGAAGCAAAGCGUUUCUCCAACAUCGACAAAUCAUGGGUGAAGAUCAUGAUGCGAGCCCACGAGAUGCCCAAUGUAGUACAGUCAUGUGUUGGAGAUGAAACUAUGGGACAGCUGCUUCCCCACCUCCUGGAACAGCUGGAGAUCUGCCAGAAGUCACUUACAGGCUAUUUGGAGAAGAAGCGUCUGCUGUUUCCUCGUUUCUUCUUUGUCUCUGACCCUGCCCUCCUGGAAAUACUGGGCCAGGCCUCUGACUCCCACACCAUCCAGGCGCACCUUCUUAACGUCUUCGACAACAUCAAAUGUGUGCGAUUCCAUGACAAGAUAUACGACCGUAUUCUGGCUGUAUCAUCACGGGAAGGGGAGACUGUGGAUCUGGACCGUCCUGUCACAGCAGAGGGGAAUGUAGAGGUUUGGCUCAAUGCGCUGCUAAAGGAAUCCCAGAGGUCUUUGCACCUUGUGAUCCGACAGGCUGCGCUGACCAUCCAGGACUCCGGCUUCCAGCUCAUCGACUUCCUCAACGACUUCCCUGCUCAGGUGGGCUUGCUAGGUAUUCAGAUGAUAUGGACAAGGGACUCUGAGGAGGCUCUGACCAAUUCUAGAUAUGAUCGCCGCAUUAUGGCCAAAACCAAUCAGCUCUUCUUGGAUCUGCUCAACACACUGAUUGACAUGACCACAAGAGACCUCGGGGCUGUGGAGAGGACCAAGUACGAGACCCUCAUCACCAUCCAUGUCCACCAGAGGGACAUAUUUGAUGACUUGUGCCGGCUCCAUGUCAAAAGCCCCAACGACUUUGAGUGGCUGAAGCAGUGCCGUUUCUACUUCAACGAGGAUUCAGACAAGAUGAUCAUCAACAUCACCGACGUGGGCUUUGUCUACCAGAAUGAAUUCUUGGGCUGUACUGAAAGACUUGUCAUUACACCGUUGACUGACAGGUGCUACAUCACCCUAGCCCAGGCUCUUGGUAUGAGUAUGGGUGGAGCCCCUGCUGGUCCUGCAGGAACAGGUAAGACAGAGACCACAAAAGAUAUGGGCCGCUGUCUGGGAAAGUAUGUUGUAGUCUUCAACUGUUCUGACCAGAUGGACUUCAGAGGCUUGGGAAGAAUAUUCAAAGGUCUGGCUCAGUCUGGUUCAUGGGGCUGUUUUGACGAGUUCAACCGCAUUAACCUCCCAGUUUUGUCGGUGGCGGCCCAGCAGAUUGCGAUAGUUCUCACCUGCAAGAAGGAACGUCGCAAAAGCUUUGUCUUCACUGAUGGGGAUAAUGUGGAUAUGAGCCCCGAGUUUGGCAUAUUCCUUACUAUGAACCCAGGUUAUGCAGGUCGCCAGGAGCUUCCUGAAAACCUGAAGAUUAACUUCCGCUCUGUGGCCAUGAUGGUUCCUGACCGUCAGAUCAUCAUCAGGGUAAAACUGGCCAGUUGUGGGUUUAUAGACAACAUGGAGCUGGCCCGCAAGUUCUUCACUCUUUACAAGCUGUGUGAGGAACAACUCUCCAAACAGGUUCACUAUGACUUUGGCCUACGGAACAUCCUGUCAGUCCUGCGAACACUGGGAGCAGCCAAGCGAGCCAACCCCAGUGACACAGAAUCCACCAUCGUCAUGAGGGUCCUCAGGGACAUGAAUUUAUCCAAGCUGAUCGAUGAGGAUGAGCCGCUCUUCCUGAGCUUGAUUGAGGACCUCUUCCCUGGCAUCCAACUUGAUAAAGCAGGCUACCCUGAACUAGAAGCUGCCAUCGACUUACAGGUUGAGGACGCAGGUCUGAUCAGUCAUCCUCCCUGGAAGCUGAAGGUCAUCCAGCUGUUUGAGACUCAGAGGGUCCGACAUGGCAUGAUGGCCCUGGGGCCCAGUGGGGCCGGAAAGACAACUUGCAUACACACGCUGAUGAGAGCAAUGACAGAGUGUGGUCAGCCUCACAAAGAAAUGCGCAUGAACCCGAAAGCUAUCACAGCACCACAGAUGUUUGGUCGAUUGGAUGUGGCCACAAAUGACUGGACUGACGGCAUCUUCUCUACACUUUGGAGGAAAACUCUCAGAGCAAAGAAAGGAGAGCACAUCUGGAUCGUCUUGGAUGGACCAGUCGAUGCCAUCUGGAUUGAGAACCUAAACUCAGUUUUGGACGAUAACAGAACUCUUACGCUGGCAAAUGGAGACCGUAUACCCAUGGCUCCCAACUGUAAAGUGGUUUUUGAGCCACAUAACAUAGACAAUGCCUCUCCAGCCACCGUCUCACGCAAUGGCAUGGUGUUCAUGAGCUCUUCCGUGCUCAACUGGAGCCCUAUACUGGAGGGCUGGUUGAAGAAACGCUUAUCCCAGGAAGCCGACGUGCUGAGGGAACUCUUCUCAUCCUCCUUCUCUGAGCUCUACCGCUUCAGUGUGCAGUCACUAGAGUUCAAGAUGGACAUGCUGGAGGCCUUUGUCAUCAUGCAGUGCAUCAACAUGCUGCAGGGACUCAUACCACCAAAGGAGCAGUGUGGCGAGUUAUCCAGAGACCACUUGGAGCGGCUGUACGUCUUUGCCCUUAUGUGGAGCACCGGAGCCUUACUUGAACUGGAUGACCGGAGGAAGAUGGAGAUCUGGCUCAGAGGGAACGACAGUAUCUGUCUAAACUUGCCAGACAUUCCUCUUGACAGUGACAACAUGAUGUUUGACUACCAUGUCACAGCAGAUGGUCAGUGGGUCCACUGGAACACCAGAGUGGAGGAGUACAUUUAUCCAUCUGAAUUCACCCCAGAGUACAGCUCCAUCUUGGUCCCUAAUGUGGACAAUGUUAGGACAGACUUCCUAAUUCAGACCAUUGCCAAGCAGGGCAAGGCUGUUUUGCUGAUUGGAGAACAAGGAACAGCCAAGACUGUUAUCAUCAAGGGCUACAUGUCAAAGUAUGAUCCUGAGACCCACAUUGGGAAGAGUCUCAAUUUCUCUUCUGCCACCACACCACUCAUGUUCCAGAGGACAGUGGAGAGCUAUGUGGAUAAGAGGAUGGGGACCACUUACGGACCGCCUGCUGGGAAGAAAAUGUCAAUUUUUAUAGAUGACAUAAACAUGCCUGUCAUCAACGAAUGGGGAGACCAGGUAACUAAUGAGAUUGUCAGGCAGCUGAUGGAGCAAAACGGGUUCUUCAAUCUGGAAAAACCAGGAGAGUUCACCAAUAUUGUGGACGUUCAGUUUUUAGCAGCUAUGAUCCAUCCAGGAGGCGGCCGUAAUGACGUCCCACAGAGACUGAAAAGGCAGUUCUCCAUCUUUAACUGUACCCUGCCCUCCAAUGCUUCCAUUGACAAGAUAUUUGGAUUGAUUGGCGAGGGCCACUUCUCUGCACGUCGCGGUUUUGCCAAUGAAGUUCAGAGCACCAUAACCCGUUUAGUUUCUUUGACCCGCCGUCUCUGGCAGUUGACCAAGGUCAAGAUGCUUCCAACUCCGGCCAAGUUCCACUACAUUUUCAACUUAAGGGAUCUGUCCAGGAUCUGGCAAGGCAUGCUCAAUACCAACGCUGAGGUGGUCAACUCUGUCCAGGUGCUGUUGGCAUUGUGGAGGCACGAAUGCAGCCGUGUGAUAGCUGACAGAUUUACCAUGCCUGAGGACGUUGAAUGGUUUGACCAGGCUUUGGCAAAGCUGGUAGAAGAGGAGCUUGUCGAAGAGCGCAAGAACAUCGGGGAUCAUGGCGGUGGCUUCGAGAGAUAUUUUGUGGACUUUCUACGCGACGCACCUGAUGCUACAGGGGAAGAGCCAGACGAUUCAGACUUUGAUUUGCCCAAAGUCUAUGAGCCUAUCGAAUCGUUUGAGAGUUUGAAGGACCGCCUGAACAUGUUUCUGAGCCAUUAUAAUGAGAGCAUCAGGGGCACUGGCGUGGACAUGGUCUUCUUUCAGGAUGCUAUGAUGCAUCUGGUCAAGGUGUCGAGGAUAAUCCGGACUCCUGGAGGUAAUGCCUUGCUGGUGGGUGUUGGAGGUUCAGGCAAACAGAGCCUGACCAGACUGGCCUCAUUCAUAGCUGGAUACAAGAUCUUCCAGAUCACUCUCACACGCUCAUACAACACAGCCAAUCUGAUGGACGACCUGAAGGGUUUGUACAGAACAGCUGGCCAACAAGGCAAAGGCAUCAGCUUCCUCUUUACUGACAACGAAAUCAAAGACGAGUCCUUCCUCGAGUACAUGAAUAACGUCCUGUCAUCUGGAGAGGUGUCCAAUUUAUUCGCUCGUGAUGAGAUUGAUGAGAUCCUCAAUGAUCUCAUUCCUGUUAUGAAGCGGGAGUUUCCCAGGCGACCGCCGACCAAUGAAAACCUGUAUGAGUACUUCAUGUCACGAGUCCGACACAAUCUCCACGUUGUUCUGUGCUUCUCGCCCGUUGGGGAAAAGUUCCGCAAUCGGGCGUUAAAGUUUCCUGCAUUAAUAUCUGGUUGCACCAUGGACUGGUUCAGCCGAUGGCCGAAAGAUGCUCUUGUUGCAGUUUCCGAACACUUUCUGUCAGUCUAUGACAUCGACUGCUCACCCCAGGUUAAAAGUGAGGUAGUCCAGUGCAUGGGUUCCUUCCAGGAUGGUGUGGCAGAGAAGUGUGUGGACUACUUCCAGAGAUACCGACGCUCCACCCACGUCACACCGAAGUCCUACCUGUCCUUCAUUCAGGGCUACAAGGCCAUCUACAAGGAGAAGUGGUCUGAAGUCCAGACCCUGGCCAACAGGAUGAACACUGGUCUCCAGAAGCUGAAGGAGGCAUCAGAGUCUGUAGCAGCACUCAGCAAGGAGCUGGAGGUGAAAGAGAAGGAGCUACAGGUUGCCAAUGACAAGGCUGAUAUGGUAUUGAAGGAGGUGACAGUAAAAGCUCAGGCAGCAGAGCGAGUGAAGGUGGAGGUGCAGAAAGUGAAGGACAAGGCCCAGGCCAUUGUAGACAGCAUCUCAGCUGACAAGGCCAUCGCGGAGGAGAAACUUGAAGCUGCCCGGCCAGCUCUUCAAGAAGCAGAGGCUGCAUUGCAGACAAUCAAGCCAUCAGACAUUGCCACUGUACGAACACUUGGUCGGCCCCCCCACCUCAUCAUGCGGAUCAUGGACUGCGUGCUGCUGCUGUUCCAGAGGCGAGUCAACACAGUGAAGAUCGACCCAGAGAAGAACUGCAACACGCCGUCCUGGCAGGAGUCCCUAAAACUCAUGACAGCUGGAAACUUCCUGGGGAGCCUGCAGCAAUUCCCCAAAGACUCCAUUAAUGAGGAAAUGGUGGAGCUGCUGCUGCCCUAUUUUGACAUGCCCGACUACAACAUUGAAACAGCGAAGAGGGUGUGUGGCAACGUGGCCGGCCUUGCUUCCUGGACAAAAGCUAUGGCCUCAUUCUUCUCCAUCAACAAGGAGGUCUUACCCCUGAAGGCUAACUUGGCAGUGCAGCAGAAUCGUCUGGCCAUAGCUAAUGUUGACCUUCAGAAGGCUCAGGCUGAGCUGGAUGCAAAGCAGGCAGAGCUGGAUGUGGUACAGGCGGAGUACGAGAAGGCCAUGAUGGAGAAACAGACCCUGCUGGAGGACGCUGAGCGCUGUAGACACAAGAUGCAGACGGCGUCCAGUCUCAUUAGCGGCCUCGCUGGCGAGAAGAAGAGAUGGACUGAGCAGAGCAAAGAGUUUGGUGCACAAACCAAACGCCUUGUUGGUGAUGUUCUUCUGGCCACAGCGUUCCUAUCUUACUCUGGCCCUUUCAAUCAGGAGUUUCGUAAUCUUCUACUGAGUGACUGGCAGCGGGAGUUGAAGCAGCGCCGCAUCCCGUUUGGCAACAACCUCAAUCUGACCGAGCUGCUCAUUGACGCACCCACAGUUAGCGAGUGGAACCUACAGGGGCUCCCCAAUGAUGACCUUUCCAUUCAGAAUGGCAUCAUUAUCACCAAAGCCGCACGCUUCCCCCUCCUUAUUGACCCCCAGACGCAGGGAAAAAUCUGGAUCAAGAACAAAGAGGCCAGAAAUGAGCUGCAGAUCACCUCACUGAACCAUAAGUACUUCAAGAACCAUCUGGAGGACAGUUUGUCUCUUGGGCGCCCCCUUUUGAUCGAGGAUGUAGGGGAGGAGUUGGACCCUGCACUCGACAACAUCCUUGAAAAAAACUUCUUUAAAACUGGCUCUACUUACAAGGUGAAAGUGGGUGAUAAAGAGGUGGAUGUGAUGAAGGGCUUCAGGCUGUAUGUGACCACCAAGCUGCCUAACCCAGCUUAUACGCCGGAGAUCAGUGCCCGCACCUCCAUCAUCGACUUCACCGUCACCAUGAGAGGACUGGAGGAUCAGCUGCUGGGCAGAGUCAUCCUCACAGAAAAACAGGAACUAGAGAAGGAGAGGACGGAUCUCUUGGAAGAUGUGACAUCUAACAAGAGAAAGAUGAAGGAACUAGAGGACAACCUCCUCUACCGACUGACCAGUACACAGGGUUCACUGGUGGAUGAUGAGAGUCUGAUUAUUGUCCUUGGCAACACCAAGCGCACAGCCGAAGACGUCAAUCAGAAACUACAGAUUGCUGCAGAGACCGAGAUCCAGAUCAAUGCUGCCAGAGAGGAGUACCGACCUGUGGCCACCAGGGGCAGUAUCCUGUACUUCCUGAUCACAGAGAUGAGUAUGGUGAAUGUCAUGUAUCAGACCUCUCUGAGACAGUUCCUGGGACCUUUUGUCCUUUCUUUGGCGAGGUCCUCCAAAAGCCCUAUCACCAGCAAACGCAUCGCCAACAUCAUAGAGUUUAUGACCUUUGAGGUGUAUAAGUACGCAGCACGGGGUCUGUAUGAGGAGCACAAGUUCCUCUUCACUUUGCUGUUGACGCUGAAGAUCGACAUGCAGAGCAACAGGGUCAAACAUGAGGAGUUUCUCACACUCAUUAAAGGAGGUGCAUCUCUGGACCUAAAAGCCUGCCCUCAGAAACCAGCUAAAUGGAUUCUUGACAUGACCUGGCUCAACCUUGUAGAGCUCAGCAAACUGUGGCAGUUCUCUGAUAUACUGGAUCAGAUAAGUCGUAACGAGAAACAGUGGAAGUCAUGGUUUGAUAAGGAGGCCCCAGAGGAGGAGGUGUUUCCAAACUCCUACGACCAGGCUCUUGACUGUUUUAGACGCCUGCUCCUCAUACGCUGCUGGUGUCCUGACCGGACCAUCGCACAGGCCCGUAAAUACAUAAUGGACGCAAUGGGGGAGAAGUACACUGAAGGGGUGAUUCUUGACUUGGAGAAGACGUGGGAGGAAUCAGACCCGCGAACACCUCUCAUCUGCUUCCUGUCAAUGGGCUCAGACCCAACCGACACCAUCAUUGCGCUGGGGAAGAGGCUUAAACUUGAGACCCGAUAUGUCUCCAUGGGACAAGGACAAGAGGUCCACGCCCGCAAGCUUCUGCAGCAGACCAUGGCUAAUGGUGGCUGGGCCUUACUCCAGAACUGCCACCUGGGUCUGGACUUCAUGGACGAGCUAAUGGACACGGUAACAGAGACAGACUUUGUCCACGACAGCUUCCGCCUUUGGAUGACCACAGAGGUCCACAGACACUUCCCCAUCACCCUUCUGCAGAUGUCAAUCAAGUUCACCAACGAACCACCACAGGGCCUCAAGGCUGGGCUGAAGAGGACCUAUGGAGGUAUAAACCAGGACCUUUUGGAUGUCAGUAACAUGGGGCAGUGGAAGCCAAUGCUGUAUGGAGUGGCAUUUCUCCACAGCACAGUACAGGAGAGGAGAAAGUAUGGGCCUCUGGGAUGGAACAUCCCCUACGAGUUCAACCAGGCCGACUUCAAUGCCACUGUCCAGUUUGUUCAGAACCACCUCGAUGACAUGGACAUCAAAAAGGGUGUGUCAUGGACCACAGUGCGGUAUAUGAUCGGAGAGAUUCAAUACGGUGGCCGUGUGACUGAUGACUAUGACAAGCGCCUCCUCAACACCUUUGCCAAGGUGUGGUUCAGUGAGGACAUGUUCGGACCUGCCUUUAACUUCUACAAAGGCUACAGCAUCCCGAAAUGCUCCAGUGUUGAUCAGUAUCUGACGUACAUUCAGUGUCUGCCAGCCUAUGACACUCCAGAGGUGUUCGGUCUCCACCCGAAUGCAGACAUAACCUACCAGUGUAAGCUGGCUAAGGACGUACUGGACACCAUCCUCAGUAUUCAGCCUAAAGACAGCUCGUCAGGCGGAGGGGAAACAAGAGAGGCUGUGGUGUCCAGGCUGGCUGACGACAUGCUGGAGAAACUGCCUCCUGACUACGUCCCUUUUGAAGUGAGAGAGCGCCUCCUGAAGAUGGGUCCUUUCCAGCCCAUGAACAUCUUCCUGCGUCAGGAGAUUGAUCGGAUGCAGAGGAUCAUAGUUCUUGUCCGAAACACCCUGACAGACCUCAAGUUGGCCAUCGAUGGAACCAUCAUCAUGAGUGAGAAUCUGCGGGACGCCCUGGAUUGCAUGUAUGACGCACGCAUUCCUGCCCGCUGGAAGAAGGCAUCGUGGGCCUCCAGCACCCUGGGGUUCUGGUUCACAGAGUUGCUUGAGCGGAACCGGCAGUUCCAGGCUUGGAUCUUUGAAGGGCGCCCCAACUGCUUCUGGAUGACAGGCUUCUUCAACCCACAGGGCUUCCUGACAGCCAUGAGACAGGAGAUCACUCGGGCCAACAAGGGCUGGGCCCUAGAUCGCAUGGUGCUGUGCAACGAGGUGACUAGGUGGAUGAAGGACGACAUCACCCAGCCCCCCACAGAGGGAGUGUAUGUCUACGGGCUUUACCUGGAAGGAGCCGGCUGGGACCGCCGCAGCUGCAAACUCAGUGACUCCAAACCAAAAGUCCUCUUUGAGAUGAUGCCCGUGAUCAGGAUGUAUGCUGAGAAUAACGGUGUGAAGGACUCCCGCCUCUACUCCUGUCCAAUUUACAAGAAGCCAAUCAGGACCGACGUGAAUUACAUCGCAGCUGUAGAUCUGAAGACUUCCCUUCCUCCAGAAUACUGGAUCCUACGGGGUGUGGCACUCCUCUGUGACGUUAAAUGAUUGCUUCAUGCUGAGAAACGCAUCUCGUAGGAGGUUAUACAUUAUUAACUUAAAAAACAGACCAUAUAUGCUAAAAGUCCUUCUUUUGAUUUAGCAAUAUACUUAAUUGUUCUAACACAAAGUGGGACAUUGUGACAGUAAGGGCACCAGCGGUAAAACAUUCACUUUCAGACAAAAGGAAAAAUGCUCUUGAAGCAUCAGUGUAUAAGGACUUUUUACAAUGGCAAUCCCUUACAGUCCUUUCUACAGUAUAAUCCAUCUUAAAGUGACAGAAAGACACUCUGUCAUAUUACUUUGCAGCGAAUAUCAGGAGUUGAGAUAAUGUUAUUACUUCAGUCAAAAGAAGGUCAAAACAGGAAUGACCAAUUUUGAAACAUGUCAGUUGUAUCUGUUUUGCUUGAGGUCAAAGGGGACAAAGACAGUUUGGAGUUUAGUUUUCAGCUAGCUGUGGUUGCAGCGAACACACCACUACUAACAGAAAUCAUUUUAGAUCAGGAUGAAGGGGAGUUAUUUUUUAUUGAAGAGGCCUACUGAGUUUCACAAUCAUGUCACACAGGUAAGAUCAAAAAUGCAAACGAUGCAUCAUAUGAUCUUUCUAUUCACAAAAUGUUGGGUCCGUCAUCUAAUCACCAUCUUGAGUCUGUUACCUGGAUGUUAUCUAUUUCUACUUUUAAUUUUGAAACUCAGAUUGAAUUGAAUUUUAAUAGAGACAGCCGUGUAAAGCUAACUGGACACAAGCUGUGCUGCUUCACCGAAUGAUUCAACUUUGGCCCUGUUGAGUCUAGACAUAUUAUGUGUCCAUCUGCUCACCAGGGGCAUUGCUCGAUGUCAAAUAUGUUGCACGGUCUAGAGUCAAAAACAUGUUGAACCAAAGAGGACUAGUUGUAGUGGGGAACCUUAGUUGAUUGUUGUGAAAUAACUGGCUCACAAGGACCAGUUUCAGUUAAUAGACCCUCUAUCCAGGGUGCAGGGAUAUGUUCAUCAUCCUGCUCAAGUGCCUAUCACAGUGUGUCAUGUUAAUAUGUUGGAACCUGGCAGGAAAAUAAUAACACUCAGUAAAACCGAAAUACAUAGAAAUUUUAAUUAAGUUUGUACAAAAAACAAUGGCAGCAUCAAAACAUCAAAACACUUUUUUGGUAGUAUUUUUUGUUUGUUACAAAACUACCGUACCAUAUGCACUCUAAAGCUACCCUGUACACAGAUGAGGCUCGGGUUUCCCAAAUUAAAGUCAUCACAUCUUCAAAUCAUCAAAGACACCAAAACAAAACAUCAAAUCAUCUUCAUACAUUUGGUGUCCAGUAGUUUUACUCUAACCUGACUUGUAAAUCUGUAUAGCUCAGAUCUGAUCCCUGCAGCCUUGUCUGAACAGCAAGAAACAUCUGAUUUUAUAUUUUAAUCUGACCUAUGCCAUAAAGACUUUUAUUUUUAGUGUUGUAAACAGUCGAUGAUUGAAGUGCAAAGACAGUUUUGGGAAACUUGGCCCUGCAUGAAUAUCACAAUAUAUUCGUAAUUCUUUUUUUAUGCUUUUCCUUUUAUAGACUGGCUGUAAAAUACAUCCAAGACUUCGUACUUCUAACAAGGUUGAUGGAGUUAUGUACACAUAUGUGUCUCCAUGUUGGCUGGCUGUGUUUCUAAACCGGGCCAGCUUCUUCCUUUGCGACAGUGGUCAUGCACUUUUCCCUUGUAACAUUUGUCCUUUGCUUUCAUUUUAAUAGCAGAUCUCCAAUCUGCGGCCUUUGUAUCACUUUGUAAGAAAUGUGGGGGCACGCACACUUCUCUAUAUACCAUACACCAGCAAGGCUUUAUUGUUCACUCUGAAAUUCUUGUAUUUUGGCUUCACUAUAAGAGGCCUUGAUGUGAAAAUUGUAGCCACGUUUUACUUCUUACUGUACAUUGUUUGACAUCCAAAAUGUACUGUGUCCUGUAAAGUUAACAGAUUAUAAAUUCUGUUUUUGAUGUUCCUGGCUGAAAAAGAGGCUUGUAUGGCAAAGUGACUGCCACAGUCCUCCCACAAAGUCAGAAUACUAAUGUAGACCAUUUUAGAUUAAAUUUCUCUCUGACAGAACUUGUGCCUUUUCUGGAUCCAUCCUUCAAAUUCCAAUAUAUUUAGGGGUUAUUGCCUACUUGCUGGACAUGCUACUUAGUUACAAACAGUAAGUGACUAAAUGUAUACUACAGCUGUGGCAAAGGUAACUUGGAAUGCAACAUUAAAAUCAGAUUUAUUUCCUCCUUGCAGCGCAUAUCUGAUUGCUUUGUUCCUGUUACAACAGCAUUGAGAAGAUCAAAUCUCCAUCUGUUCUUUUCACCUGUGUAAAUUCUGCAUAUUCUGAACCAGUCUUAGGGCAUUACAUUCCCUUGGGACAGCGAGCGGGUCA